AAAGAAUGCAACGGUGUCAAAAUUCCAGUUGACACCAGCAAGCCGAACCCUAAUGAAGUGGAGUUUGAUAACUUGUAUUUGGAUAUGAAUGGUAUCAUCCAUCCUUGUACACAUCCUGAGGACAAGCCAGCACCAAAAAAUGAAGAUGAAAUGAUGGUGGCCAUUUUUGAGUAUAUUGAUAGGCUUUUCAACAUUGUGAGGCCAAGACGACUUCUCUACAUGGCAAUUGAUGGAGUGGCUCCCCGUGCAAAAAUGAACCAGCAAAGAUCAAGAAGAUUCAGAGCAUCAAAGGAAGGAGUAGAAAGUGCAGAAGAGAAGCAGAGACUAAGAGAAGAGAUCUUGAGGAAAGGUGGAUUUCUUCCCCCAGAAGAAGUAAAAGAAAGGUUUGAUAGCAACUGCAUUACCCCUGGAACAGAAUUUAUGGACAAUCUUGCCAAAUGUCUUCGCUAUUAUGUUGCUGAUCGUUUAAACAAUGAUCCAGGAUGGAAGAAUUUGACCGUUAUUUUAUCAGAUGCUAGUGCUCCUGGUGAAGGUGAACACAAAAUCAUGGAUUACAUACGAAGGCAAAGAGCUCAACCAAAUCAUGACCCAAAUACUCACCACUGCUUAUGUGGCGCUGAUGCUGACCUCAUUAUGCUUGGAUUAGCUACACAUGAACCAAAUUUUACUAUCAUAAGAGAAGAAUUUAAGCCCAAUAAGCCGAAGCCAUGUGGUCUUUGCAACCAGUUUGGACAUGAGGUUAAGGACUGUCAAGGUCUGCCAAAAGAAAAACAAGGAGAGCAUGAUCAAUUUGCAGACUGUCCUCCUGGUAUGGAACAAGAAUUUAUCUUUAUUCGCCUUUGUGUUUUGAGAGAAUAUUUGGAAAGAGAACUAACAAUGGCCAGUUUGCCUUUCACCUUUGAUGUUGAAAGAAGUAUUGAUGACUGGGUUUUCAUGUGUUUCUUUGUGGGGAAUGACUUCCUUCCUCAUUUACCCUCAUUAGAGAUCAGGGAAGGAGCAAUUGAUCGUUUAGUGAACAUAUAUAAAAAUGUUGUGCACAAAACAGGGGGAUACCUUACAGAAAAUGGCUAUGUCAACCUGCAAAGAGUACAGAUGAUCAUGUUAGCUGUUGGUGAAGUUGAAGAUAGCAUUUUUAAGAAGCGAAAAGAUGAUGAGGAAAAUUUCAAAAGAAGACAGAAGGACAAAAGAAGAAGAAUAAAGAGGGAGCAACAUUCUAUGGCUGGUGGACAGUUUACCCCACAACCAUUGGGAAGGGGAAAUAGAUCAAGCCAUCAGCCAAUCAAUAACCCAAGACAUACAGCCUUUGAAAUGAGAAUGCAGGACAGACAGAACACCACUCCUUCAGCAUCUCCUAAUACGAGCUUCACAUCUGAUGGUACACCAUCCCCAGCAGGCGGAAUUAAACGAAAAGCAGAAGACAGUGACAGUGAACCUGAGCCUGAAGAUAAUGUCAGGUUAUGGGAAGCUGGCUGGAAACAGCGCUAUUACAAGAACAAAUUUGAUGUUGAUGUCUCUGAUAAAAAAUUUCGUCAUAAAGUUGUGCAGUCUUAUGUGGAAGGGCUUUGCUGGGUUCUCCGAUAUUAUUACCAGGGAUGUGCCUCCUGGAAAUGGUAUUAUCCUUUCCAUUAUGCACCAUUUGCUUCAGACUUUGAAGGGAUUGCUGACUUGUGCUCAGACUUCGAAAAGGGAACAAAACCGUUCAAACCACUUGAACAACUUAUGGGAGUCUUUCCAGCAGCCAGUGGUAACUUCCUCCCACCAACUUGGCGGAAACUUAUGACUGAUCCGGAAUCAAGUAUAAUUGACUUCUACCCUGAAGACUUUGCUAUUGAUUUGAAUGGAAAGAAAUAUGCUUGGCAAGGUGUUGCUCUUUUGCCAUUUGUUGAUGAACGUCGUCUGAGAGCUGCUCUGGCAGAGGUGUAUCCCGAUCUCACUCCUGAAGAAAAGAGAAGAAAUAGUCUUGGUGGUGAUGUUCUUUUUGUUGGGAAACAUCAUCCGAUUCACGACUUCAUCCUUGAACAAUACAAGUCUGGUGAAAACCAGCAAGUAGACAUGCCACCUGAACUGUGUCAUGGUAUUCAGGGAAAACUUACCCUAAAUGAAAAUCCAGUUCUUCCAGAAGAGACAGUGCAUUCUCCUGUGCCAAUGCUACGUGAUCUGACACAGAAUUCUGCAAUAAGUAUCAACUUUAAAGACCCACAGUUCCAAGAAGACUUUAUUUUUAAAGCAGUGGUAUUGUCUGGGGCAAAAAAGCCACCACCUGUUCUGAAGCCAGGUGACUGGGAGAAAUCUAACAAUAAUAACAGACCUUGGAGACCACAACUUGGCUUUAACCGUGAUAGAAGGCAGGUUCACUUGGACCAGUCAGCAUUCAGAACAUUAGGCCAUGCAAUGUCAAGAGAUCGAGGGCAAUCAGGAAGUGGAGUUUACAGCAAUAUUGCUCCUCCUGGAACUUACAGUCAGGGGAAUGCAUACAGACCACUGCUUAGCAGGCCACAGCAACAGAUUCCAAAACUGCUGUCAAAUGUUAGGCCCCAAGACUCCUGGCAAGGCCCUACACCUCUUUUUCAACAGCCACAACAGAGAUUUGACAGAAAUUCUGGGGCCACUCCUCUUCUUGCUUGGAAUCGUGCAUCCCAUUCUCAGGGACCUCCAUACCAACAAAAUCAGUACCAAGGUCCAGGUGGACCAGUGAAUUACUCACAGAGGCCCAGCGAUCGGAGGGAACGUGGAAGACAGGGUUAUGGAAGACCUUACCCAUUGCCAUCCUCUUCUGGAAGAUACAACUGGAAUUAGACUUUAGGCACUUUCUGCCAUUUGAAACAAUUGUGUUUUUAUUAUCACAAUUACCAUCUGAUUAGUUUUCAGAUGAUAAUCUUUCUUUUUAAACUCUGUACAUUUUUAUUAAUCAGAUUUGAUAUGAUCCAUUUGUUGCUUUAUAACUGUACUGCAGGAUACAAGUGAAUUAAUACCUUUGUGUGAAAGGUUUGAUGAAGCAAGGUUACUGUUCUGUCUUUAUUGUAUGUGGAUUUUAUUGCAUUACAUUGUUGAUGCCUUCAAUUUCACAUCUAAAUAUCCCUUAGGUUUGCAGCUAAGAUUGUGUUUAUGGAAGCUGGCUUAGCCAUCUACAAGCACAACAUUUUAAAGACUUUGUCGGUAUUCCUUGUAGUACUUUAUUGAUGUAUUUGUCCCUUUCAACAUACACUUGCUGAACUUUCCAAGUAAAAGUUUCAACAUUUA